GCAAACAUAAAAAAAGAAAACCCUAACCAAUUGGACCUCGACCGGAUGGAGGAACCUAGCUGACAAACCAAGACAAGUCUCUGUGUCUAGGGAAGCUUGGGGUUCAGCUCCUUUUACUUCAGAGAGCUUGAACUCAUUUAAUGCAGUUUUUGAAGCAUGGAUUGAAUGAUUCAGUCAUUAUCAAGUCAAACUACAAACAGUGAAAGGUUGCUACCAUUGCCAAAUAGGUCAGAAGACUUUGACCGGACUCAGUGGCAGUGCUGCCACCUGACUUGGUUUCGUUGGGCUACUUCGCUCUCCUGUGCAGUGUUACAAGUCUGCCUAGGAGGCAGGAAAAAUCUGAAGACCUUAUAAAAGCUACACAUGAGGAACAUGCCAUUUGGCACCUUCACUUUUUGAUCCCUAAUGAAGACGAUGAGAAGUCAUAUCAUAACAAUGACAACUACUUCAGUCAGCAGCUGGCCCUACUCCUCCCAGGGAGCACGCUUUAUAACUAACCACAGCAUCCAAUCAUCACAUGUUUCAGCAUCAAAUUCUACUGCCUGUUCCAUGGAUGAAAAAUUACUCUCUAGUGUGUUAAUAGCAUUCUACUCUGUGAUUUUCAUUGUGGGACUGGUUGGCAACGUAAUUGCCCUCUAUGUAUUUCUGGGUAUCCACCGCAAAAGAAAUUCCAUUCAGAUUUACCUCCUUAAUGUAGCCAUUGCAGACCUCUUACUUAUCUUCUGCCUCCCUUUCCGAAUAAUGUAUCACAUUAACCAAAACAAGUGGACACUAGGUGUGAUUCUUUGCAAGGUUGUGGGAACACUAUUUUAUACGAACAUGUACAUUAGCAUUAUUUUGCUUGGAUUCAUCAGUUUGGAUCGCUACAUAAAAAUCAAUAGGUCUAUUCAACAACGGAAGGCAAUAACAACCAAACAAAGUAUUUAUGUUUGCUGUACGGUAUGGACAGUUGCUCUUGUUGGAUUUUUAAUGAUGAUUAUUUUAACUCUUAAGAACGGAGGUCAUAAUUCCACAAUGUGUUUCCAUUAUAGAGAUAAGCAGGACGCAAAAGGAGAAGCAAUUUUUAAUUUAAUUCUUGUGGUUAUGUUCUGGCUAAUUUUCCUACUGAUAAUCCUUUCAUAUAUUAAGAUCGGUAAGAAUCUACUGAGGAUUUCUAAAAGGAGGUCAAAAUUUCCUAAUUCUGGUAAAUAUGCCACUACAGCCCGGAAUUCCUUUAUUGUGCUCAUCAUUUUUACUAUAUGUUUUGUUCCGUAUCAUGCCUUCCGAUUUGUCUAUAUUUCUUCACAGCUAAAUGUGCCAUCUUGUUAUUGGAAGGAAAUCGUUCACAAAACCAAUGAGAUCAUGCUGGUUUUCUCAUCUUUCAAUAGCUGCUUAGAUCCAGUCAUGUAUUUCCUGAUGUCUAGUAAUAUCCGCAAAAUAAUGUGCCAACUUCUUUCUAGACGAUUUCAAGGGGAAUCAAGCAGGAGUGAAAGCACGUCAGAAUUUAAACCAGGAUACUCCCUGCACGAGGGGCCUGCGGCAGCUAAAAUUCAGUCUACUUCUUAAAGCAUCUGAGGUGAACAUAUUAAAAACCUCUUAAUUCCUUGGAGAACUAAAAGUUACAAAACAAAGCUCUAACAUUUACAAAGCUCAGAUCUUCUUAAAGCUAUUUUCCUGCUUUUGAAAUUUCAUUUGCUUAACUAUAAAAUAUUUCAAGAAAAAGAAAAGCUUAUGUUCAUCACUAGAUUUUAAUUCUGUAUGUAAAAUAUUUUCAAAAUAAUACUAUUAAGCUAACACUCCUGACACAGAUUAUAAAGUUAAGUGAAAUUUAUGACUUUAACAACAGAAUUAAAGAAAACGUCAUAGUUUCUCAAGUCACUAAAGUAGUUACUCAAAAUUAAGCACCUAAUACUAAUUUAAAGUGUGUUUAAAAGUAAGCUAAAUGAUUGAGAACCGACUUAAAGUGUCAGAAAAUAUGUUGAUUGUCAUUUAAAAAGCGUGUAAGUUUGCCACUGUAAUUCACUGAUGCCUAAGUCUCUAUAACAGAUGAAAUGAUAAUAAACUUCAAAUAAAAAAUGUAAUCACCCACCAUCUAUCACUGCCUAGAUAAAAUGGAAAGAAUUUAAGUACUGUAUAGUAAAAUCAAAGAACAGAUGAGCUUAGAAUUCAAUAGCCUAGCAACAGGACUUACAACUGCACCUUAAUUAAAACAGAUUUAUAAAUAAUUCAGCUACCUUGAACCACACUUUGAUAGAGUGAAACUGAAGAUGUGCACACCCUAUGACCCAGAAAGUCUGCUACGACGUAUACAUCUUACAGAACUACUCAAACACGUAUACAAGAAAACAUAUGUAAUGAUGCUCAAUGAACUACUGUUCAUAAUACUAAACAACUGCAAACAGCCUAAGUGAUUAUGCAUCAGCAAAGGAAUGGAGAAAUUAACUGUGGCUUAUUCACAAAAUGGGAUAUUAUACAGCAUUUCAAUGAAAUAAACUAUACCAGCAUGUAUCAACAUGGAGAAUUCUCAAAAACAACAUUGAAUGAAAAACAAACUGCAAAAGUGUAUGAAAUCAUUUAUGUAAAAUGCAAAAACACAUAAAACAGUACCGUAUUCUUUAUGGAUCUAUAGAUAUGCAAUAAAAAUAAAAAAAUGCAUGGUAAUAUACACAAUGUGCACACCAACUGGAAGUUAAUGGUUAUAUCUGGAGAGAUUUGAAGCAAAUGUGGCAAAAUGUUAAUUAAUGUCUGUUAAACUUGUGUGGUAGCAUGUCGGUAUUUGUUAUGUUAUUUUUGGUAUACUUCUGAGGGUUUGAAAUAUUUCAUAAUAAUAAAGAAAACCUGUAGACUAGAAUUAAAAGGAGCAAAUUCUGAAAUUUUCAUGUAUGUUCAAAAAUAAAUGGAGAGUAAGCUCUAAGAGAAAAGAUCUUAUUCAUCACUGACUCCCCAGAGUUCAGUGCCUUGCCUGAUACACAGGAGAUCAAUACAUAUUUGUUGAACAAUUCAAUGAAUGAGCGAAUGAGUGGAUGGCUGAACGAGACAGAGAGGAGGGAGGAAAGGGUGCCUAACAGAAUCGAAAAAGUGUAUUUCAUUUUUUUCCUAGUCAACGUGUCUGGACAUAGCUGCGUACCAUGUUUCCCCGAAAAUAA